AUGCACUCUGCACCCUUGGCAGAUGACCUCUGCCAGCUGGUAGAGACACCCCUCGAGGAAGACUUCUUCGAAGAAUACCUUCAACUCCUAGCAGCUCUCCUACCAAGCUACUACCCACCCGCCGCCCACCUCACAAUCUGCGCAACGCUCCUCGUUCACCCAAAAACGCGCCAAGUUGUCCUUGAAGAUGGUCAACUUGCACCGGUCGGCGGUAAAGAGAUGGAUGCCAAACCACUGCCUGGCGGUGCGCGUCGUAAACCAAAACCAACACAGCCCAUCAAGAGCGAACCUUUCCGAAUUUCCGCACAGCUCGCUGAACGCGCUGAGCGGAUCUUACUCAGGACACUAGAGAGGCAUGGAUCAGUGCCUUUUACAGGCGUGCUUGGAUUCAGUGCUGUAACGGUCUUGCAAUCAACAGGUCGUCGGAAAGCGAGGAAAGCAGCACCACGCGAAACAGGUCGGUAUGGCGUUGCGUCCAUGCUGGCACAAGGUGGAUUCGUGUCUGACGACGAACAGGAUCCCAUCUCUAGUGGCAAGAAACGAACACGCGAUUCAAUGGAUGAGCUGCUCUCUGAGGACGAAGAGGAGGGCUACGUACACACAGAGUUUGCCAUGGCCACAACAGAGUCUGUCUUCAACAAAUUUGACUCCUUCUGGGAACUCUUCCGAUGCAGCGUCACCAUCUCUGCACCGGAAAUGUCAACACGCUGGCUCUCCCUAUGUGACAUUCUCAUUCGUGUCCUUGAACAAGAUUGGAAGCAUCGCAAGCAAGCUGCAGCAGGAAUGAGCGCACUUGCAAGUUAUGGCGCUUUAGAUGCCGCUGUCGAGCUAGACCGUGCUUUGAUUGUGGAACUACUCAAACAAGGCGAAAGUAGUGCCCUGACACCCGGCAAACUGGCAAAAGCACUACUGGUGGAUUUACAGUGCGAUCAACUUGAUUGGCCUCAUGACCCCUGGCGACCACAGAGUGACACGCAUAAUCGAAUGGACUCGCCAAGACUAGUGCGAAAGCGCAAUGCGGGACAAAAUGGCAUGUCUGCGCUCGCAUGUGGCGCAGGGCGUGAGGACGCUUGCUUCUCUGACUUUAUUGAACGUUCAGGUGCUGCUGCAACCUUUCCAAAGUCAACAAAAGAGGGGGAGGAUAGCAGUGACGAUGACAGUCCAGGAACAACACACCUUGACUACAACAGUGAUGGUGAUUAUGAAAGCUAUGCCAUCCUGAAGCAUGACUCGGCGGCACUAUGGGGACAUCAAGCGAGUUUGCCACUUCGCAUACGGUUGAUGCAUCUGGUUGCAGAUGCAGCCGCAACGCUCGCUGCUGCUUCAGGUCAACCGACUUCGCUUGGCAAGCGUACAGGGAAACUGCUUCACUUCAAUGAAAACGACUGGCUCAAUGCUCUUGCACAAGAGUCGGCAGGUCCAACAGCCUUGAGUGGUUCAGCAGGUCCAAAGCAUCUCGGACAACUCCUCGCUCUAUUGUCUUGCUGGCUUCAAGAAGCGUUGAGGCAUGACGAAGAGUCUCACAAGCGAGUGGCGCUACAACGAGGCGAGAUGUUGUGUGCCUUGAUGUUGUCACAGUGUAGUACACUCGAUGCACAAGCUGUCGGUGGGAAGGCUAAAGCAGGCGCACCGACACGCAGCAACUUGUUCAAGCAAGGCCUAUUCACGCCUGGUGAGCGUACUGCGGCAUUGAUGGGCGCAAAGACACAGAAUGCGUAUGCUGCAAGAAUAGCCACGAGUGAUUUCACCGCAAGUGGACGAAUUAUCGUGUUGAAGACAUACAUGCUUGUAUUUGGUGCCUUUUUAGGACGUUGCCACGUCGAUGAAUCAACCAAGGACGCAGCAUUUUUGGUGAUGGAUGAGGGACAAUUGGCAACGUACAAGAUGAUCUUGCUGGAGGGACUAAAUCAAGGUCUGCAGGAAGAACACGAUACUCGACGACCUGGCAAGUCUGGCAAAUCUAAUAAGGAACGCAAAUCUGCUGCACCCGUCACGCUGACGCCUGUGUCUGGCUACAGGCGUCGAGAAUUUCGAACCGCCUCGCGAAAGUGUAUCAGGAUGCUCAAUGCUAUCUAG